AUGCCACCAACAUUACAUCAGUCUGGUGGCAAGUCACUGAACCAUAAACAUGGACAUAGCAGAUCACCUGAAAACAAAAAUAGUCCCAGUGGAUUAUCACCAGAUAACACACAUGCACGCAGUGGUCAUUCUCCUGAAAAUAAACACAAAGCCAUAAAGUUUGAGAAAAAUGAGGAUCUGGAAUAUAAAUUACCAUUUCUACCUAAAGCAGUUAAAAAGGACAAGAAACCUUUGUCAGAAAGGAAUGCAUGUACUUACAACUCUAUACCUAAGAAUGGCACAGGUCUAGGAGUAUACACGUAUGAAAACAAAUACUUUAGAUAUGAAGGACAGUGGAGAAAUGGUAAAAAACAUGGUCACGGAAAACUACAAAUGCAAGAUGGGAGUUAUUAUGAAGGAACUUUUACUGAUGGUGAAAUAAAUGGUCAUGGUUUUCGUUACUUUUCUACAUCUGGAUGUAAAUAUACAGGACAGUUCCAUAAAGGAGAACUUCAUGGCACAGGAAAAAUGAUAUACACUGAUGGAUCUAUAUAUGAUGGUCAGUGGUACCGCAAUCGUAAACAUGGUUAUGGUGUGAUGCGAUCUUCAGACAGUGCUGUGUACGAGGGAGCCUAUCAGUCUAACCUACGACAUGGAGAAGGACUUAUGUUAUACUCAUCUGUGCGUGUUGACGGCGUCAGUAACGGUGACAAGUAUGCAGGUCAAUGGGCCAACGACAGGCGUUAUGGAGAAGGAGAGCUCACCUCUGUUAAUGGAACUGUCUACACAGGCCAUUUUAUUGACAAUCUAUUCCAUGGAAAUGGGCUUCUUAAACAUAUUUCUGGUUUUUACUACAAUGGAGAAUGGGCAUAUGGUCAGCCAGUCAAGUUUGCCACCAAACUAGUCAUCAAGAUUGAAGAAAAUCCUUGGAUCAUCAGACAGGGUAUUCCCUUCUCUGUCAGGGUGGAAUGUCAAAGCGAUGAGGGUGAGGUCAUUGAGGAACAUGGACGGGAGCUGCGAUUACAAGUAGGGUUUAAAUACUAUGCACCUAAAGAAGGCUCAGUGUUAUUUGAUAUGAUAGAAGAUGUAGAAGACCAGCCCAUUAACACACCAUUUGGCUAUCAGGUGGUACCUUAUCCAGUGUCAGACCAGAUCAAUACAUCCGAUAGUGGCGAGGUUCCAGAGGAGGAAGAUAAGGAAGACGAACUUUCAAAAUCCCAAACACAGACAGACAUCAUUGAGGAUGCACCAGAGGACCAGGGUGAAGAGGAGAAUGAAGAAGAGGAAAAAGAAAAAGGUGAUGAUGGGUUGGAGAGGAAAGUAGAGGAGGAUGAGGAUAAAACAGGCAUUGCUGUAGGAACAGAUGAUGAGGGUGUAGCUAUUGGAGGAGAGAAUGUGCCAGAUGGCAUUGUAGAGGAGAAGACAGAAAUUGUUGAAGAAAAAGAAUCUGUUACACUACCACCACCCGUCCCCAAUCAUCGUUGUGAGGCUGGAGUAGCCGACUGGGACAAUCUCCAGCUGGCACCAGCGCCACCUAUGUAUAGACCCUUUGUUGCUAUGGAGGAAGCAGCACACGGAAAAUUAGCAAAAGGAAAAUCUAAAGCAAAAAUAGUCCGGAAAUUCAGUAUGGCAGCUAAUGCAAUCACAGUUCCCCAAGUUGUUCACGCUUCAAGCAUACUUGACAGAUACAGAAAACAGAGAGAAAAGGAAAGACAAGAAAAAUAUGCCAAAACAGGAGAGUAUGUGUUGAUGGUACAUGAUGUGACACAGCCACCAGCAAUGGACAGAGUCCUUGAGCCAGCAUUCCAUCUACUCAAACUAAAACGACCCAAACGUGAGCCUGUUAAAAAGGAAAAAGGACCUAAGUGGGAUACAUCACGACAUAUUGCUGCUGCCAUGCAGAGAUCUGAGUCUAUUACCAGUCUUGGAACUCCAUCACUAGUACAAUAACAAUAACAGUU